AUGGAGAAUAUGCGUAUAAAUUGGCAUACGGAAAAACUUCGCGCAGAUUCUUUGCAGGAACAGAUAAAUGCUCGAGAAUUUGAGUGCAGAUUUCAUAGUUUUGAUUUUGAAUUCUGGAUGAUUCGUAUUUUUUAUACAGGGUUUCGUAAAAAAGUUGUUCCGGAUUUUACGGAUAGUAAUCAUAUUAUUAUCACAUUGAUGUUUGUGAAUUUUUCAACCGUUUCUAGUGGAUUGUGUCAAAAAAACAAGGUAUACAAAGAACAGCUUCGGGAUGCACGAGCACAGAUCUUAUCAUUAAUGUCCGAUAAACAAAAUUUAGAGCGUGAUAUAGCUGAAAUGGAGAAGAAGUUCGCUUUAGUUAGCGAGCUAUUAAAGAAAGACCAGUCCUUGCUGAAAGAUGAAGAUCGGCAAAAACUUUUACUUUUAAAUAAAAAAGCAGUAUUUAAUUUACCACCUGUAGCAGCAUCUAAAGUCAAUCGUGUUCAUCAUAACAAUGCACAAACCUUAUCACAUGGUGAAAAUAUUGACUAUGAUAAAACGGGUGAUUCCAUUGAUAUAUCUUAUGACGAUUCAGACGAGUCUAAUUUACGAAUGAGCAAAACGCUCAGAAGGUCACAGAGUGUAGCAAGCGUGCAUAAUCCUAUAACAAUAGUGAAACGAUCAAAAGAAUCUAAGAGAAUGGAUACCGUUGAUGAAGAAAUGGGUACUCCUUGCAAACGAUCAAAAGACGAAAAAGAAGUCACGAGAAAUAUAGCAAUUAUGGGCAAAGACGAUGUUAAAAAACCAUCAACGGCUAAUAUUUCAAUAAGACGUUCUAGAAAUCGAUCUAUGUCUGAAUCAAAUAUUCUGAAAGUUUGUGUAACUCUUAAUGCUCAGUCGUUUGCUUUUAGAGUCCACGCUGGAACAUUUAUUUUUUUCUUGCAGCAAAGCGAGGAAGCUGAGAAUUUGGGAAAGAAUUCAAAUGUGGCUCGAUAUGGUGCUAGCGCUCUUGAUCUGGAAGUUUUAGAUAAUUUCAGGCGUAGUCCAUAUUCUGUUGUCAAAACUUGGACAAAUGGUGCUUCAAUUGAAACUCGACCGCAUUCCUUUGUCAAUUUUACAUCGAUUCUCGGCGACCGUUGCGAAGUAUGCAAUCGUUGGAUUGGUCUUGCCGGAAAAGCGUCUUAUAAGUGCGCAGAUUGUGGUAUUCGUUUACACAAAUUGUGUGUAAGAACUGCUCCAAUACCUUGUGUACCUCGAACAGCAACGCCACGUACACCUGGUAAACAGCGUCCGCGUUUGAAAGAUUUUUGUCCAUCAACUCAGCCCAUGAUUCCUCCUCUCAUUAUACAUUGUGUUCUGGCUUUGGAUAAGGAUCGCUUGGGUACAGAGGGAAUUUAUCGGAUUCCUGGGCAAGAAUCUCAAGUUGUUAAAUUAUUAAAUGAACUCAAAAACGGUCGUUCUUUACCUAAAUUAGAAUACCAAGACACUGAAACAAUUACUGGAUGCAUUAAACGUUUUCUCAGAGAAAUAAGGGAUCCAGUAAUACCUGCAUCAUCUUGGGAAGAAUUUGUAACUGCUGCUCAAAAUGGCGAUCGCGAGGCUCUGAACUUGGCAGUAAUGGACUUACCUUAUCCGAACAGAGAUACACUUGCAUUUCUUUGCUCUCAUUUUCAAAGGGUUUGUGAUAAUAGUUCACAAAACAAAAUGACCGCGGAUGUUUUGGCGCGCAGUAUUGCUCCAACAAUAGUUGGGCGAGCUCCUCCAUGUGCAAUGAGCAUGGAACAGAAUGCUGAUGAAAUAGCAAAACAGAUUAUGGUGAUGCUAUUGUUGCUCGAAAUGCCACGUGAGUAUUGGCCAAAGUUCUAUACCUGUAAUUAUGGGAAACCUCUACCAAGGAGUCCUAUCAGCCCCGCAAAUGCGCUAUUUGUUGAAAAUGAGAAGAAAAGAACUCCUGUUCGUCCUCUGCUGAAAAUGUUGGAUAACACUGCUCGGAAAGAUCCAAACAAAUCAAUGUUGGGACCAGUUAAAACGUCACCAACCGAAGAGUAUGGAAGAAAUUACAUUUUAUCCAAUAAGCGCACCAAGCUUUUCACCAACAACUACUGA